AAAAAUUCGGACUUUUACUUACACAAAUGUAACAUUUUAAACAGACAUUCCGUUAAGUGAGUGUACUCACAGUUCAGACAUUUUACAUACACGAAGCAGAGGCUGAUUAAUUGCCUCGUGGCGCAGGCAUCACCGGUACCUCUGUUGCUCUGCUACCGUCUUGGAGACAUCCUUGCUGGUAGCUAAAACAACUUGUCCAGGCUACAUGGUUAUUAAUUAGAGUUUGCGGGUCCUUGUGCUUUCCUUACCCUGUGAGUUCCUCCAGGGUUGUCUUUCAUCGUUGAAACCCCACUUUGCAAAGAGCUACAUUUGCCCGUGUCUACAUGGACUGUGGGUGUCCCCAGUCUAUCCCAGUCUAUUUCGUAACCUCCCAGGGAAGCAAUGGUGGAAAAAAGUCUACAUUAGUUUUCACUGGUUAUGUUAACUAUAUGGAAAACACAGAACCGUUUAUGAGACCCCAUGCCAAAGAAAUCAGUACUACGGAGUUUGAAGUCUCCUGACCCCAGGCUGUUCCAUUGCUGUUUGGCACAGCUGCUUUUCUGACGCAUCAGGUAAACCUGCCCCGGGGGAAGAACAGUGUCUGGUAGAGGUGCGGUCACCUGGAGUUUCACAGAGCAGAAACUUCAUCAUUGGGGAGGAAAUCACCACCCGAGGACGUGUGUUCUCCCGUCCAUUGAGAGAGAGAGAGAGAGAGAGAGAGAGAGAGAGAGAGAGAGAGAGAGAGAGAGAGAGAGAGAGAGAGAGAGAGAGAGAGAGACCAAGCACAAAGGUUUCCACUAUACUGCUGCGAACACAGCUUUGAGAAAGUGGAGCCGGAUGAUGGGACGAACAGCCAGCCCACUUCUGCAGCAGUAAAAGCACCAACCACUUUGCUGUCCAGGAGCAGGAAGGCUCCGGGACUUCCCAGCUGGAACCCGGAGGACCCGCUUGCUGGGCUUCAGAAGGGGGUCGGGGCCAGGACUGAGCUACGUGGAGUCCACCAUCGCGGUCCGAGGGGCGCUGCUGAGUGUGGCACAGAGCAAAGCGGUGCCUUUGCCUUCUGUAGUCGCCGGCCCUCGGUGGCCUUGUCACCUCAGGUGAGUAGGGGGCUCCAGUGGGCCUGGAGGAGCGCGCUGAGUUGCCUUUGCGCACCCUAGUGGCUGCUUGGGGACACAGACUCCCCCGCAGCCGAAUUGGUAGCCGCCUGUCGCGCCGCGGAGGUCGGGGGCGGAGAGGAGGCGGUGGCCGCCCCCACCGGGAGGGGCGCCUGGAGUGCGCGGUGCUCGACUGCAAGAACUGGCUGGCUGCUAGGCUGUGGCGGCAGUGGCGGCUGCGGCGACUGCGGGAGGGGAACCGGACUAGGACUCCCUAGGGAGGGAGGACCAGGCUGAGGGCCAGGCCCAAGGGCAGCCGGACCCGUGGAGAGAACUGCGGCUCCAAAGAAAGAUGAGUUGGGUCCAGCAAUAUCAUGGCAGGAGAUAACCACAUACAGAAGCAGCUGGAAUUACAAAAUGGUAGCUUAGAGGAAGGAUUUGUGGUACAAUCCCCGGAGAUUGAGCCGCAGAACAUGAUGGAGAGCCUAAGCCCGAGGAAAUAUUCAUCCAGUCUGAAGUUUAAAGCCAAUGGGGACUAUUCCGGCUCAUAUUUAACCCUCUCCCAACCUGUGUCCACCAAGAGAAGCCCUUCUCCUUUGGGCACCAGUGUUAGGAGCAGCCCCUCCUUGGUCAAACUCCAGGGAAGCAAACAGUUUUGUGAUGGAACUGAUAAAAACGUUUCCAUGAAGCCUCCUACUUCGUUCCUCAGCUCCGCAACCUCUCUUGGGGGUUAUCCACUCGGGAGAGCAGAUUUGGAUCAUUAUACUGGCCGGGACAGUGAAAGGUCCUCCAGGUUCUCAGAGAAGCCCCCCUAUUCCAGAUACAGCUCUAGGAAUAAAUCACAUGACAAUGUCUACUUUCUCGGGGGGCUGGAAGGAAGAAAAGCCUCUGGCUCGCUCUUGACCAUGUGGAAUGGAGGUUCCUUGAGCAGCGCUGGCUCGGCACCGGUCAGCAGAUCUGGGGCAGCGAGCAUGCCCUCAAGCCCAAAGCAAGCUAGGAAAAUGAACUUACAGGACAACUUGCCACUUCAACCCCGCUUAAGCCGGCACAAGGAGCCAGCCUCUGAAAAUAUCAGUGUGAGAACAAGGAAGUAUUCAGGGAGCAGCCUCAGUAACAUGGGUGCCUAUAGCCGAUCGCUUCCCAGGUUGUAUAAAGCCACAGAUAGCCAGAUGCCGCCUCUCAGCCUGCCUCCAAGAAACUCCCUGGGCAAUUCCAAACGAGGUCAGUUAGGGGAAAAGGAUCUACCUCAUAGCAUAGUGGAUAAUGACAAUUACCUUAACUUUUCUUCUCUAAGUUCAGGGGCUUCACCCUAUAAAACCUCGCUGUCAGAGGGAAAUCCUUACGUAAGCUCCACCCUCAGUGUCCCUGCCAGCCCUCGAGUGGCUCGGAAGAUGCUCCUGGCCUCGACCUCUUCAGAGGACUUUGAUAGGGCUUCUUACUCAGGGACCAGCCCGAGUCAUUCCUUCAUCUCUGGAGAACCAGACCGAGUGCCUGUGGCCAGGAGGAACUUCUCUUGUGGAUCUAUCGAGUUGGAUGAUUCUGAUCUGGAAAGCCUACGACAGUCCUCAGAAACUCCCCAGCCUGUCCUUCGAGAACGGAAAAGCAGCAUCAGCUCCAUUUCAGGCCGCGACGAUCUGAUGGAUUAUCACCGCCGACAGAGGGAAGAGAGACUCAGGGAGCAGGAGAUGGAGCGCCUGGAGCGGCAGCGACUGGAGACCAUCCUCAGUCUGUGUGCUGAGUACACGAAGCCUGAGGGCCGACGCCUGUCCGCUGGCACCACCGUGGCCGAUGUGCAGAAAAUCAACAAGGAGCUGGAGAAGCUGCAGCUGUCCGAUGAGGAGUCUGUGUUUGAGGAGGCUCUGCUGUGCCCCGACGCCAGGUACAGGUGCCAUCGGAAAGGCUCUCUCCAGGAUGUUGAAAUCGCGGGCUUUGGGAGCCUCAGUCACAGCGCCAGCUUCCUGGCUCCCAGGGGCAGCAGGAAUGAUGAACUGCUUGGUGACCUCACCAGGACGCCCCCAUCAUCCUCAUCUGCGUUUCUGAAAACAUCCAACGAGUCCUCCUACCUCAGUAUCCUACCGAAGACCCCAGAGGAUAUAGGUGAGGAACAGAGGACUCAGGAGUUGGCUGCAAUGGAAGAUGCCCGGAUGGUUAUUCUGAACAACCUUGAGGAACUUGAACAGAAAAUCAAAGAUAUAAAUGACCAAAUGGAUGAAUCCUCCAGAGAGUUGGAUAUGGAAUGUGCUCUUUUGGAUGGAGAGCAGAAAUCUGAGACGGCUGAGCUCAUGAAGGAGAAGGAGAUUCUGGAUCAUCUGAACCGGAAAAUCACAGAACUGGAGAAGAACAUCGUAGGCGAAAAGACCAAGGAGAAGGUAAAGCUUGAUGCUGAGAGGGAAAAGCUAGAGAGGCUUCAGGAGCUUUACUCCGAGCAGAAGACCCAGCUGGACAAUUGUCCUGAGUCCAUGAGGGAGCAGUUACAGCAACAACUCAAGAGGGAUGCUGACCUGCUGGAUGUCGAGAGCAAACACUUUGAAGACUUGGAAUUCCAGCAGCUUGAGCGUGAGAGCCGUCUGGAUGAGGAAAAGGAGAAUUUGACGCAACAGCUCCUGAGGGAGGUGGCGGAAUAUCAACGGAACAUCGUUGCUAGGAAGGAAAAGAUUUCCGCACUGAAAAAGCAAGCCAGUCACAUUGUUCAGCAGGCUCAGAGGGAACAAGAUCACUUCGUAAAAGAGAAGAACAACCUAAUAAUGAUGCUCCAAAGAGAAAAAGAGAAUCUUUGUCAUUUGGAAAAGAAGUACUCCAGCCUCACUGGGGGGAAAGGAUUUCCUAUUAACCCCAAUACUCUGAAAGAGGGCUAUAUCAGUGUAAAUGAGAUUAAUGAGCCAUGUGGCAAUUCCACGAAUCUAUCCCCUUCCACUCAGUUCCCUGCUGAUGCUGACGCUGCUGUCACUGAGCCUGCCUCGGCUGUGCUGGUGAGCCAGCCCCAGAGUCCAGAGCACUUUAGGAGUCUGGAAGAAAGGAAAAAGCAGUACAAAGAAGGUCUCUAUCUGAGUGACACUUUGCCUCGAAAGAAAACCACUCCUUCCAUCUCCCCACACUUCAGCAGUGCCACCAUGGGGAGAAGCAGCACCCCGAAGGCUCACCUGCCUCUGGGACAGAGCAACAGCUGUGGCAGUGUGCUCCCCCACUCGCUGGCAACCAUGACGAAGGAUUCAGAGUCUCGCAGGAUGCUCAGAGGAAGGAUGAAUUCCUCAGCAGGAACAAUUAAUAAUUCCAAAACUUCAAGUGUAAAAGGUUAUAAUCACCAACAGAUGAGUGAAGGACAAAGACAGAAACCUGAAUUUUACAGCCGCACAGCAUCUGAGUCAAAUGUCUACUUGAAUAGUUUCCAUUACCCAGAUCACAGCUACAAGGACCAGGCCUAUGACACGUUGAGCCUGGACAGCUCGGAUAGCAUGGAGACCAGCAUUUCUGCCUGUUCUCCAGACAAUAUCUCUAGUGCCAGCACAUCCAAUAUUGCCAGGAUAGAAGAAAUGGAGAGACUCUUGAAACAGGCUCAUGCGGAAAAGACCCGGCUGCUUGAAUCCAGGGAACGGGAAAUGGAAGCCAAAAAACGAGCGCUGGAAGAAGAAAAACGACGCCGGGAAAUCCUGGAAAAACGACUGCAAGAAGAAACCAGCCAGAGGCAGAAGUUAAUAGAAAAAGAAGUGAAAAUAAGAGAAAAACAAAGGGCACAGGCUCGUCCUCUGACUCGCUAUCUGCCUGUCCGGAAGGAAGACUUCGAUUUGCGGAGUCAUGUGGAGACAGCGGGCCACAAUAUUGACACCUGUUUUCAUGUGUCAAUCACAGAGAAGACCUGCCGAGGAUACCUCAUCAAAAUGGGUGGAAAAAUUAAAACGUGGAAGAAACGCUGGUUUGUUUUUGACCGGAAUAAGCGGACAUUUUCUUAUUAUGCAGACAAGCAUGAGGCUAAAUUAAAGGGAGUGAUAUACUUUCAAGCCAUCGAAGAAGUGUAUUAUGAUCACCUCAAGAAUGCUAAUAAGAGUCCGAACCCACUACUCACCUUUAGCGUGAAGACGCAUGACAGAAUCUAUUACAUGGUGGCUCCUUCCCCGGAGGCCAUGCGGAUCUGGAUGGAUGUCAUAGUGACUGGAGCAGAAGGAUACACGCACUUCCUGUUGUAAUGAACUCCGGCAAUGGCCCACUUUAGGGCAGACCGCAGUAGUCUCUCGCAAGAAUGAAGCCAUAUCCCGUCUCAGAUGGCAAGGCCCAACAGACGUCCCUUUAGCUGCGUGCACUCAGAACUCUUCAUACUGGGAAGCCUUUUGUACAAAAGAAAGCAGGGCUCAUAGUGACAGAACUGCAGCUCCCUUGACAAACCAAAACCAAAACACUAUUUUCAUAAGAGCAUCACUUAGAUGCGAAUUUCUCAUACACUCUUUUUAUCAGUUGAUGUUGGUUAAAUACACUGAACGGUUUACACGAUGUCUGUAAAUAUGUACUUAGAAAUAUACUAUUUUAGCACCCAAAUCAUUAGCAUUGGUAAUCAGCUGCCUUCUUUGUAGGAAGUAGCAUUUUUUAAAAAAAUUAGCAAAUAAUAAUUUAGAAGGCAACAUAUUUUAGACAUUUUGCCUUAAUUUUUAAAUACUGCCCCCCAAACCAAAGACACGGCUUGCCUCCUGUUUAACAUCAGUGUUACUCUCUCAAUACUCUUUAAAAUGGUAUUGUGAUGUCAGUUCUGGAGUGCCUCCCACCACAGAAGCUACUGCGCACUUAUAGUAAACCAGGUUCUUAAAAAAACUUUUUAAAAAGGGAAAAAAAAGCUCCUUGUUUUUAGAAAAGGCCAUCUUAGAAAACAGAAACCUGCAAUAUCUGGCAGUUGUAAUUAAGGAGAAUGCUUAGUGGGGGAAGCCUGUUCUGUUGAAGACUUGUUCAUUCCUGGUGCUGAGAAUAAAAGCAACCAGCAGCCACUUUCCUUUAGACUGCCCCCUUCCUCUUGCUCAUGGGGCAGAGCUGUUAACUGCACCCUGACAAGGCAUAACUAUGAAGCCGUCUCUGGUUCGCUGAAAAACAGAACCAUGCAAAUAUCUUUAUUUUGAAGACAACCAAAAUGCAAAGUAAUGUUCUCUAUGCUAUAUCUUUUUAGUUCUAUCUCUACAGAUAGCCUUGUUUCUAGAGCUAUUUUUUUUUUAUUUUAAUGAAGUGACUUCGGGCAAGUCUCUUUUAUAAUCGUUCUCCAAGUGCCAUUUAUUUUAGUUGUUGUGUUUUGCGUUUGUAAGUAUGAAUGAACUCUUUCCGAAUACAUGCCGAAUGGACAGAAGUAGAAAAUAAUGCCAUUAACUUACUUGUACACGUGAAAUGAUUAGAAAUGUCCACAAAACUUUGUCAGGCCUGACUGGGUACAAUUUUUUUUUUUAAACUUACAGUGUACUUUUAUACCUGUAUACAUGUUACCAUUAACAAGAUUUUGCAACUGGAUGAUGCCAGGUUUUACUUGAAUAAUGAGGGAGGAAUAUCAUGACUGUAGGAGGUAUAUUUUCAGCUGGGAUUUCUGCAGCAGUCCCCUUCAACUCUUGUGAUCUAAAAACAUUAAAAUGCAGUUGCUAAGAUCUGGUUGGCUGAUGUAAAGACACAGCUUUUCUGUACUGUACUUUCCCCCAUAGGCGGUAAGGGUAUUCUAAUCAGUUUGUAUGUCUGAACCUUUUAGAUAUGUGUGCUAAAUGUAUUGAGUUUGGAUUAAAGUGUUGACCUGAUUUCA